AGCAGGAACCUGAUGCCCAAUGAACAGGAAAAGAAGCUAACAUGGGACUCACCAGAGAUGUGUCAUCUGUUCCUGGCCAAGAUCUGUCCACAUGAGCUGUUCACCAACACAAAGGCUGACCUGGGCUCAUGCGGUGGCAUUCACGAUGACGAUGUGAAGGUGGAGUUCGACAAGCUCCCCAGCUUCAAACGGCAGGCCUACGAGGAUGAGUUCAUCCGCUUCUGUCAGUCAAUGCUGAAUGAAGUGGAGAAGAAAAUCAAGAAGCAGCGACAGCGUCUGGAACUGCAACCCAACGACCACAAGUUGUCAUCGCUGGUACCUCCCCAGUUCACGCGUCACGAGGACAAAAUCGGCAUGCUCACCGACAAGAUCAACAAACUCGUCUCCGAAGUGGAGGAGCUCGGCUGCAAGGGACAGGUGGAGGAGGCGCAGGGCAUCAUGAAGCUCACCGACAAGCUCAAGGACGAGCGGGACCAGCUACGCCGAGCCAACGAGGGCUCGGUCUGGCACCAGGCGGCCGAGAUGGCUGCCUCGCAGGAGAAGCAGAUGCAGGUGUGCGAGAUAUGCGGCUCCUUCCUCAUCGUCGGCGACGCCCAGCAGCGCAUCGACGACCACCUCACCGGCAAGAUGCACAUGGGCUACGCCCAGCUGCGCGACGCCAUCGACGAGAUGCGGGUGUCUCGCGAAAAGGAGAAGCACGACCGCGAGGCGAGGCGCGAGCAGGAGCGCGAGGAGCGCCGGCGCCGCGAGGAGGAGGAGCGCCGGAGGCGAGACGGUUCGCGCAACGGCCACCGCGACCGGGACCGCGGCAAGAGCGGGGACAAGGACAGAGACCGGGACAGGGGGAAGAGCCGGGAUAAGGAUAAGGACCGGGGAAAAAGUCGGGACAAGGAUAGGAACAGGGGGGAUAGUAGAGAUAAAGACAGGGAGCGAGGCAAAAGCCCAGACAAAGAAAGGGACAGGGGUAAAAGCCGGGAUAAGGAUCGGGAUAGGGACCGAGGCAAGAGCAGGGAUAAGGAUCGGGACAGGGAACGGGAAAAGGAGCGGGACAGAGACCGGAGAAGGGAUCGGGACAGAGACCGUAAAAGGGACAGGAGCCGGGAUAAAGACAGAGACCGAGACCGCGGACGGGACAAGGAGCGGGAGAGAGACAGCACCAGGGACCGAAGCCGGGACGUGGAUCGCACGCGCGAUCGGGAUCGUGACAGAGACCGCGACAAAGAUCGUCUCAGGCACAGGAGCCGGAGCCGGGACCGGCAGCGGAGCCGCGACCGGGAGCGGCGCAUCGGGGCCCCGGCACCGGACGUCCACCGGGAGACCACCUGA